CACUUGAGGAACGCCCAUUUCAAAAAAAAAAAAAAAAAAAGAACCUGAAAAAAAGCAAAUGACAGCCACAUAAAGAGCAGGUAUGGAAGCUAUUAAAGAGACUGAAGAUUCUCCCAGUGGGACAGAGCUGGAGGACUCAUCCUGCAUAUCCAUGGGUAGCGACAGAUCCAUGAAGAAUCGUACAAAUUUUACAAAAGAAAAAAUGGACAGGGACGGGCAUGAUUUUCCAGAGACAAAGGAGCUGGAUGGAGAUGUCAUAUUUAAGCUGGUGGAAACCCAUGGCAUGGAGAUUUUUAUGAGUGAAAUUGGAAGGUAUAAAAAGAUGCUCUUUCCACACCUGUCACGCUAUUCUACUGAAAGGGAAAAGCCAGAUGAAGACAAUCCGUCUACUGAAAAUACAAAGCAAGACACGAGUGCCAGUGAAGGGGUUUUGAGGAUUACAUUACACGUCUUAAAUGAAAUUGGCCAAAAGGAGCUUGCUAACAAACUGGAGAAACAUAUUUAUGGCGAGCUUGAUGUCUGCCAGCGCAAACUCAGACAAAAACUGAAAAGGUUUGAAUACAUUUAUGAGGGAAUAGUACGGCAUAGGGACCAGACUCUUCUCAACAAGGUGUACACUGAGCUCUACAUCACAGAAGGACUCAGUGAAACUGUUAACAAUGAACAUGAGGUCAGGCAGAUUGAGGCAGCAUCGAGGAGAUCAAUGACAAAAGAUAAGCAAAUCAAAUGCGAAGACAUAUUUAAUUCUCUUUGUGGAUCCCAUAGAUUCAUCAGAACUGUGCUCACUACAGGCAUUGCUGGUAUUGGAAAAACUAUCUCUGUGCAGAAGUUUAAUCUUGAAUGGGCAGAAGGAAGAGUUAACCAGGAUAUUCAGCUCCUUAUUAAUUUACCAUUUCGGGAGCUGAAUCUGAUGAAGGAGAGAAGAUGCACUCUAACAGAACUUCUUCACAAUUUUCUCACAGAGGCAAAAGAGUCAGGAAUUUCAGAUUUUAGCAAAUAUAAGCUUGUGCUGAUAUUUGAUGGGCUGGAUGAGUGCCGGCUUCCUCUUGACUUCAACAACAAUGAGCCUCGUUCUUGUGUCUCAGAGCAAGUUCCAGUAGAUGUGCUUCUCACAAAUCUGUUCAAGGGGAACCUGCUGCCCUCUGCGCACAUCUGGAUUACCACCAGACCCGCAGCUGCACGUCGCAUUCCAGUUAACUGUGUUGAUCGCGUGACAGAGAUACGAGGAUUUAAUGAUCCACAAAAGGAAGAAUACUUCAGGAAAAAAAUCUCUGAUCAAAACAUGGCCAGCAGAGUCAUUUCACAUGUUCAGUCAACCAGGAGCCUUCAUAUCAUGUGCCAUAUUCCAGUCUUCAGCUGGAUAUCUGCCACUGUCCUGCAGAAGAUUUUAGAAGAAAAAAGCCACGAGAGUAGAGGAGAAAUGCCCAACACACUGACAAAAAUGUACACACAUUUUCUUGUGCACAACUCACUGAUCAAAUGUCAGAAGUAUUCACUCAGUGGAGAGGUUUGCGAAACCCAAUCACAGGUCAAAAUGAAUGAAGAGAAUAUCUUGAAGCUUGGAAAACUAGCCUUUGAGCAGCUACUGAAGGGAAACAUAAUCUUCUAUGAGAAUGAAAUCAGCGAGUACGAAAUAAAUGUCAGCGACACUGCAGUAUAUUCAGGAGUAUUCACAGAGAUCUCAAAGAAUGAUUUUGGAAUUCAUCUAAAGAGAUCAUAUUGCUUUGUGCACCUCAGCAUUCAGGAGUAUUUUGCUGCAGUGUAUGUUUUCCACACCUUCAUUUGCUCUAACCUAAACUUGUUGGAACCAGAAGGAUCCCUCACUGUCCGAGAGGCUUCUACUGAAGUAACUGGCCUUCUCCAAAGUGCAGUGGAUAAGGCCUUGCAAAGUGAGAAUGGUCAGCUUGAUCUUUUUCUUCGCUUCCUUCUUGGCCUCUCACAGGAAUCAGAUCAGUUGAAGAGUAUUCUUGCCACCAUGAGGAGUACUUUACCAAGUAAUGAGGAAGUUAUUGAGUACAUCAAGGAGAAAAUCAGUCAAACUCUUUCCCCAGAAAGAUGCAUCAAUCUCUUCCACUGCCUCAGUGAGCUUAAUGACCAGUCUCUUGUAGAGGAGAUCCAGAAGUGUCUGAGUUCUGGUAGUUUGUCAGAGAUCACACUUUCACCUUCACUUUGGUCUGCUCUGGUUUUUGUGUUGCUGACAUCCAAGGAUGAGUUGAAUGAGUUUGAUCUGAGAAAAUAUUCCAGAUCUGAGGAGGGUCUCCAGCGGCUGUUACCGGUGAUUAAGGAAUCCAAAAUAGCUUUGCUUAAAGAAUGCAACCUUACUGAGAAAGGCUGUGAGAUGCUUUCCAAAGUUCUAUUUAGUUCGUGUCUAAAAGAGCUGGACUUGAGUGAUAAUGACCUGCAAGACAAAGGAGUGAAACUUCUCCUUGAUGGACUGGGAAAUACUGCAUGCCAGCUGGAAAAACUUAGUUUGGCAUUCUGUGGAAUCACUGACUCGGGCUGUGACUCUUUGGCUAAAGCUCUGACCUCCAGCCUCAAACACUUGAAGGAGCUGGACUUGAGUUACAAUCAUCCUGGGGAGUUGGGAAUGAAGCACCUCUCCUCCAUAGAGAACGACCCUGAUCACCUCACUAUCAGGAUAAGUGACAGUGGGGAGUGUUACUUAAAAUCAGCUCUGAAGAAAUAUGCACAAGAGCUGACUGUGAACAUGAAUACAGCACAUUCAGAACUAUCUUUUUCUGAAGACAAGAAGAAAAUGAAACGAUUGGAAGAAAGUCAGAAAUACCCUGACAACCCAGAGAGAUUUGAAGACUGGGGACAAGUGCUUUGUAAUGAGGGUCUCCGUGAUCGGUGCUACUGGGAAAUAGAGUGGUCUGGGGAAUGGAUGGGUAUAGGAGUUGCAUAUAAAGGAAUCAGCAGGAAAGGUAAAGGGAAUGAACCAGUCCUUGGCUACAAUGAUCAGUCCUGGAGUCUACGCUACUGCAAAGGCAAAUACACCGUCUGGCACAAUAAGAAUGAUGAUGCACCCAUAUCUGUUCCCUAUUUCAACUCCAAGAGGGUUGGAGUGUUCUUAGACUGGACAGCUGGCACGCUGACCUUCUAUGCAGUGUCUUCACAGACCAUGAUUCACCUGCACACUUUCCACACUGAAUUCACUGAGCCAUUGUAUCCAGGCUUCAGACUGGGAGAGCCACGUGCUACAUUAAUUUUACGCCAGCCAGAAUAUCUUUAAAUGGUGAUAGCCCCUGCAGACAACAGUUUGUAGAGUACAGUUUUACAGUAUUGACAAUUAUGUGAACGCUGUAAAACAAAUGAAGGGAUUUCAGAAGACCUUGUAUGUGAUUUUCAUGCUGUGGCUGUUCAAUGUAUAUACUGUACAUCUCAAACAUUUAAGUGAUUUCAACAAGUUUUUUUUGUCGUUUUUUUAAUCAAGUUCUAGUUUUGUAGCAAGUGGAUAUCAAAGCUGUGAAAAGCUGUCUGUCUUUAACCCUGAAUUGAAUCAGCAGAAGAGGACGGAAGAAUGUAUUUUUUCCUAUAACUAACAAUUUCAAGGAAAUUGGUAAUAAAUUACAUAUUUUAAAUCUUAAUAUCUAUUUUCUGUAAUGAGUUUUUUUUAUGUUAAAGUGUUUGUAUUAUGUUUUUUAUGCUUUUGUGAUGAGGGAUGGGAUAUGGAUCAAUAGGUGACAGUAUUGAGAAAAUAUACUAGAAGCUUGUGAAAUCAAGCUGUAAUAAAUAAUCAUCAGAACGAUCCCAUUGCAAACCAAAAGUGUGGGCAUUGGAUUUAUUUUCACAUUUUAAAAAUACAGAUAAGCGUACUAGGUUCACAUGCACCAUCUGCCUGGGCUCUUUCUUUGUGGAGUUUGCAUGCUAUCAGAAUGUUUCCAUGUCCAGUCCAAAGACAUGCAGUUAGUGGGCUUGGCUUAAUUGGUUAUCUGAAUGGGCGUGAUUGCAAGUGGAUAUCAGCGUGGGAAAAAAAAACCCACACAGCAACUCACUCAUAUUACCAAUGAUUAAUUGGAAAAAUAUAUUUUGUCCUCAGUCAUAAAAUGUUUUGUGGUACUGGUUCUUCCCAUGGGUCAAAUGUAAUGUUAACUUCAGUUACGUUAUAUUGAUCAGCCACAACAGUAAAACCACUGACAGAUUUUAAAUUAAAUGUGUCCCUUGCACUCAAAGAACUGUUCAGGAACAAUUAAAAGAUUACAGCAAAGAACCAAAGGCCCUGACUCAACCUCCUUCCUAUUCCAAUCUGAGUAUCAGUGGGAUGACAGUGAACAUGCCUGAUCCAUGGAAGUCCCACUCAGCAACCCACAGGACCAAAGGAACCAGUACCCCAGUGCCUAAUGCUACACAGUGAUCGGCAGGUGAUUUUCAUGCUGUGGCUGUUCAAUGUAUGUACUGUACAUCUCAAACAUUUAAACUACAGUUACGGUGCUUAUGGGGAACAAACAUAUAUUUAUACAUAAGAAUUAAGAAACAGCAUAUCGUAUUUUUUUUCCUUUUUUAUAUCACGAGGAUAGAAAAAAUGUCCAGCGCAAAGUUUAUGGAUAUGUGGAGGUUAAAAGCAAACAAAAAGUAUGAUUGGCUAAAACUGGUUGAUGCAUAUCAAACAGUUGAAAUGAAAAAAAAAACUUUUUUAAAUUUUUGUGCAAAGCUAGGUGAACCUUGUGCUAUAUUGACAUAAUGAUAAAAUAAUAUUAAAAUAUGGAAACACAAACUCUAGUCUAUUUUUUUAAUCGAAUUAUACUAAAAUCUGAAAAAAAGAAGGAAAAUAAAAAAUAUAUCUCUAUUUUCUGUUGCCUACAUUGCAGAGGGUGACUUUGCUUCUAAACAGGAAAAUGAGUGGGAAAGGUUAAAGUGUGUGUAACCCAAAGGACCAGACAGGACGCAGAAACUCGUGUUGGGCUUUUGUUUAUUUGUUCGUAAUGUCAUUGUUUGCUUUAGCACUUUUCGGUGCUCACUGCUCCAGAAACUGUCUUCCUCUCCAGCCUGGCCGCCACUGAAACGGAAGGGAUGAUUAUAUGAUGCUUGCUAUGCUCCGAAAACAAGCCUUCCCAGUCGCCACAGCCUGAACACUCUGUUUGACUCCUCCCUUGCAACCGAGCCACCAACCACACACCGCCACACACCCCCAGCAGGAAAUCAGCCACAGCCAUCUGAACCCCCAUCCUAUGGACCCUGGAGGGCCAGAAACCACUAUAUGAUCCGGCCAUUAGAGAGCACAUACCGAAAGGACUGAAAUGAAUUUAAUUUGACUUUAAAACCAUGCUGAGUGUUCGUCAUGUGAGCCAUGAUGACAUGAGGUGGUGACUGUGUUUGAUAUGAAGCUGAAUCCAGUGUAUGUAGUGAACUUUGUGCUGAUGAGUAGUUUAGUGAUCAGAGUCCAUGUAGUUUCCAGGAUCAGACUGAAUGCAGUGCAGUGCUGGAAGCUGCUGCUGACUGUGUGAAUGUGUGUCUGUGCUGCUUGUUGCUGCUGUCAAACUUCAGAUGAGCAGGUAGUGAAGCCCGU